UGUCAACAUAGCCAGUCUCACACGAGGUCCACAGAACAAGUAUGAAUCAGUACAAGAAUGCAAUUAUUGUGGCCCCGAUGGUGCGUGUUUGUACCCUGCCCUUUCGGCUCCUGGCUAUAGAUUAUGGAGUUGACCUUAUUUAUACAGAAGAGACCAUAGAUUUCAAGAUGCUCCGCUCUGUCAAAAAGGAUAAUGAGGCUCUAGGAACUACUGAUUUUGUUGAUAAAUCAGAUGGGACAGUCUUCUUCAGAACAUGUGAGAAAGAAAGGAAGAAAGUGGUGUUCCAGAUUGGUACAAAUGAUCCACAGAGAGCAUUAAAAGUUGGAAAGAUGGUAGAGCCGUAUGUAGCUGCUGUGGAUGUAAACAUGGGCUGCCCAAAAGAAUUUAGCAUCAAGGGUGGAAUGGGGGCAGCUCUUCUGACACAGCCAGAAAAG